UCUCUCUGGGGCCACUCUCUUUUCUGCUAGAAGGGGAUAUUUUCCAGUAAUUUGUAAUCAUCAGGUUGGUUGACCUGGAGAUACAGCACGACGGCGCAAGCAGCACAUCGGCUUCAGCGUGAUGGAAACGAGCGACGUUUGACGUGAGCCAGAGAAGAAGCAAAAUACCGAAAAUAUUUCAACAAUGGCGGACGAAGAACUACCUUCGGGCUGGGAGAAACGCCUCAGCAGAUCUACAGGUCAACAUUAUUAUUUAAAUAUUUAUACCAAAGAGAGUCAGUGGGACAGACCUGAUAAGCCAGCUGAUCCAUCUGGCAAUGGCAAGGUUGAUGGUCCAGAGGAAGUACAAUGCUCUCACCUUCUUGUAAAACAUUCAGGUUCACGUCGACCUUCAUCUUGGCGAGAAGAUAAUAUCACCAGGUCAAAGGAAGAAGCUCUUGAACUUGUUAAAUCUUUCAGAGAACAAAUAGCAUCUGGUAAGGCAACAUUUGCUGAGCUUGCUUCCAAAUACAGUGAUUGUAGCUCAGCAAAACGUGGUGGUGACCUUGGACCUUUUAGUCGAGGCGCAAUGCAGAAACCCUUCGAGCAGGCUGCAUUUGCGUUGAAGGUUGGAGAAUUAUCUUCACCCGUGCAUACAGAUAGUGGAAUUCAUAUAAUCCAGCGAACUGCAUAAAUCAGUUCUGCAUAAAAAGGCUUGAAUUGUUAGUUCGCUGGCAAUCUCAUUUCUUGAUCACUCUUUCUCUCUCUUUUUUAUAGGACAUUAUUUACAAUUUGAUCUUAUAUUUAAUAUCAUCUUAAUUUUAUCUUAAGAUGCUAUGCAGAAAAUGAUCACUUUAAGUACAUCCCAAGAUACAACUUUUACAGUAUCUUUCUCUAGAGGUGAAGUUAAAGUGAUCUUAGAUAUAAGAUCGAAUUAUGAAUAUUGCACACAUAAUCUUACUCAAACCGUUAAAGUAUACUAUAAAUAAAUAAUAAAUUGUAAAUUUUUAUGCCAAUGUGAGUGUUCUCCCUACACUCACAUCACACCUCAUCUGCACUAAUUAUAUUUUGUUAUAUUUACCACCAGAAUUUAAACUUAACAUUUAUCUUGAGUCAAAGCACUUUCUAUUUUUAUCGUUAGAUUCGUUAGUAGUUCGGUGCUUUAACGAUAAGAUAAUAGUAAGUUAAUGACAUGAUCGUGGAAACUAUGAAAAACAUCAUUAUAUUUCUUAGGAGAGUACACACUAUACAUUAUAAUAUAAUAUAGAAAUAAUGAUAUAGAUCGUAACAUUGUCUGUAUAAAAAGAACAAUGUUAUGUUGCAAUGUCAUGCAGACAAUUUAUUAUUAUUAAUAAUUGAGUGAAAUAUAGCUGUUGAGUUAUCCACUCCUUGGUAAAUUUAGUAUUUGCUAAUAUCUAAGUGUAUAAUAGAUAACACACACACACAUAUAUAUAUAACAUUCUCAAUGAUAUAUAUCAUAUAUAUAUAUCUACAUCAAUGGGACGAUAUUAUGUUAUCGGCGUCAUAUAAAACUACUGCUAAUAAUAGAGUUGUUAAUAAUGAAAUAGCUGUUGAUUUAUUCGCUUCUUGGAAAAUUUGUUAUAGUAUAUAAUAUAUAACAUAUAUGUGUGUACUAUUAUACUCUAUAAAGAUAUAAUAUCGUCUGUAUGAAAGGAGAAACGAUAUUGGUUUGCAGCACAAAUAUUAUUAAUUAUAAAAGAGUGAAACAACUUUGUUAAAUUAUUCACUUGGCAAUUUCAUUCUCUUGCACCGUUAUUUCGUAUAUCAUGUACUAUAGAUAUUACAUUAUAAUAUUGUCUGCAUGGGAAGGAUGAUGUGUUGCAACUAUCACAAACUUGUUACUAACAAUAGAGAAACGAAACAGCUAUUAAGUUAUUCACUCUGUGGCAAAAUCGUUUAUUAUUCUUUUUUAAUGUAUAUAAUGUACUGCAAAUGUAUAAUAUCGUCUAUAUAGGAAGGACGAUAUUAUGCUAUCCACAAUAUGUAGUCAUUACUAAUAACAAAGGAGCAAAAUAGCUGUUAAGUUAUUUGCUUCUUAGUAAAUUCAUUUGCUAUAUCUUAAUAUGUAAUAUACAUAUAAUACUAUAGAUAUAUUGUACUAUAAUAUCAUUUCUUUAGGAAGAACGAUAUUAUGUUACACAAAAUUCAUAUUAAUACUAAUACUAAUAAUGAAGGAGCGGAAUAACUAUUGAAUUACUUGACCGUUGGUAUAUUUAUUUGCUAAUCAUUUUAUCUCAUCUUACUGCAUAAUAUAUAAUAUACUUUCUUUACAUAGAUGUUUAUUAUACUAUACUAUCGUUUGUAUAAAAAAAAAGGACGAUAUAUUUCAAAUAUUUCUAAUAUCAUUAAGAUUGAUAAUGAAGCAGCGAAACAACUAUUGAAUUAUUCGUUCUCUGCCAAAUUUACUUACUUUAAUUUAGUGUAAAUGGCAUUUUGUAAUAUUAAAUGCGUCUUCCGAUUCAAUAGGCAUCAAACAUCUAUUAUGCAGUUAACGUUACUGUCCAACUUUGUACUGUUAUUUAUUUGAACUAUAAUUAAAACAUCCAAAAAAAGUGUCAUUCAAAUAUCUCUGAUAACAAAAUUAUUACAUAAUAUCGUGUUUAGUUUGGAUAUUGAAGAUUAAUUAUAAUUAAACUUAAUAUUUUUAUUGCAUCCUAUGUAAAUUUCCGUAUGUUUCGGAAAAAGUAAUUUUACUUUCUAGACAAAUACGUGCUAUACAGAAAAUUGAAUAAAUAUUUUAUGUAGAUUUUAUGGUAGUUUGUUUUAUAUAAUUAGUUAGUCUUUUAUUUCUGAUGUUUGAUGUAUUUGCGGAAAAGUAUGUACCUCAGCAUUUCUACAAACUAUUUCACUAUUUCGCACUCGCAUUCGAAGAGAUUUAAAAAUCUAUAUGUAUCCCUUACAUAUAAUAUUGAGGUUACAAAUGGCUGAAAAUAUUGUGAAUGAUAUGAAAAUAACGAGAGAACAUGCAAAUCGCAUAUUUUCGAAAUAUGCCUUUUCCAAUUACCAUUAAGGAUUGUAAGACGUAGUGUCGAAGCCCAUUCGUUCAUUAGUGAAUGUGUUACAGACAAGAGAAUUAAAUAUAUUCGAAAUGUAUCAUCUAUAUAUCUUGGCAGUUUGAAGAAAACUCUGUUGGAAAUAGUUAAUUUCGAAAAUAGAUAAUUUGUAAUGCAUGAAGAAGCAUUUACGAAUGUGUUAGAUUAUGCAAGAUGCAGGCACUCGUGAUUUUAAAGAAUUGUAGUUACGCUAUAUAAAAACAUAAAUUAAUGUAUCAUUUGUGGAUUUACCAUA